AUGUCUCAUAUAUUCAACAGCCAAACUCUUCUAUUUAUCUCAGAGCAAAACAUGCUCACGGAAGAAGUUAUGGGAUUGCUGAACAACCCUCCUCUGAAAUUGGCGCUUUCAAUACAGGAGUUGGUCGAUCCAACUCCGCGGUCGCGAAAACAAUUAAGUAGAAAAAGAAUUCCACGCUGUAGCAACGCGUGGAUCAUGUACAGGCGUGACGUGAACGCCAGGAAAAAAAAUGAGGAGGGAUCAGCAACCACAUUAGAGGCCAGCUCCAAAGAGGCCAAACGGUUGUGGGAGAAUGAGGGGCCUCUAGUGAAGAGGUUUUUUGAAGUCCUUUCGGAGCUUGCGCGCCAAGUCCACAAGCGCAAGUAUCCAAAUUAUAAAUAUAUACCUAGGGAGAGGAAGGGUAAGACGGGUAAACUUAAAGAGGAAGGCCCAGGAUAUAUAUUUUUCGACGGAUUCAAGGAGUGGAGAGAACCGAUCGAGGUAGAAGAGGAUCAUAAAGAAGAUGUCGACGCGUCACCGCCCAUAAUUCAACUUCCGGAAAUACCGGUAGCAGAGACUAUAUAUCAAUCGUCUCUUUAUUCACCACCGGGGGCAGAUGAGUGGGAAAUGCAAUUGCAGUCAGAUUCGUACGAGGAUCUAUCGUUUGACGAUUGA